GGCCCCGCCGCCGGCAGGGCUGUAAGAUUUUACCCGGCUGCCGCGGGCAGCGCCCUGCCCGGGGACCCCGCCAGCCUGGACUUCGCCCAGUGCCUGGGUUACUACAGCUACGGCAAGUUUGGGAACAAUAACAACUACAUGAACAUGGCGGAGGCGAAUAAUGCGUUUCUUACUGCAAAUGAGACAUUCCAUACUCCAAGCCUUGGUGAUGAAGAGUUUGAGAUUCCACCAAUUACACCCCCUCCUGAGUCAGACCCCACACUGGGAAUGGCAGACAUCUUGUUGCCAUUUCAGGGACUAGGUGAACAGUUGUCUGCACAAGGAAAUGAAUUUACACCCCAGUUUCCUCCACAGAGCUUGGAUCUUCCUUCUAUUACAAUAUCUCGAAAUCUUGUGGAACAAGAUGGUGUAGUCCACACCAAUGGAUUACAUAUGUUGUGGAGAAAGAGAGCAUUGAGGACUUCCCUCCACGAUAUGCUGACUUGCCCAAAAGACCAGAAUCACACACCAGUUUCUCAGUAUCGUCAAGAUCCUUCUUUGAUCAUGAGAUCUAUUGUCCAUAUGACUGAUGCUGCUCGUUCAGGAAUUAUGCCUCCUACUCAGCUGACUACCAUUAACCAGUCUCAGCUAAGUACACAAUUGGGGCUAAAUUUAGGAGGCACUAAUUUGCCCCACACUUCUCCAUCACCUCCUGCCAGUAAAUCAGCAACUCCUUCCCCAUCCAGCUCUAUAAAUGAAGAGGAUGCAGAUGAAUCAAAUAGAGCUGCUGGAGAGAAAAGAGCUGCUCCAGAUUCUGGCAAGAAGCCCAAGACUCCGAAGAAGAAGAAAAAGAAAGAUCCCAACGAGCCACAAAAGCCAGUGUCAGCAUAUGCCCUAUUCUUCAGGGACACACAAGCUGCAAUUAAAGGACAGAACCCUAAUGCUACGUUUGGAGAGGUUUCAAAAAUAGUGGCAUCAAUGUGGGACAGUUUAGGAGAAGAACAAAAACAGGUAUAUAAAAGGAAAACUGAAGCUGCCAAAAAAGAAUACCUGAAGGCACUUGCUGCCUACAGAGCGAGCCUUGUUUCCAAGGCAGCUGCAGAAUCAGCCGAAGCCCAGACAAUUCGUUCCGUUCAGCAAACAUUGGCGUCCACUAACUUGUCUUCCUCCCUUAUUCUGAAUACUCCUCUUUCUCAGCAUGCAACAGUGUCUGCAUCUCCCCAGACUCUUCAGCAAUCCCUUCCCAGGGCAAUCGCUCCAAAACCUUUAACCAUGAGACUGCCAAUGAAUCAGAUUGUAGCUUCCGUUACCAUUGCACCAAACAUGCCAACAAACAUUGCAGCCCCAUUGAUAAGCUCUAUGGGAACAAAUAUGGUGGCAACACCAUCUUCAUCUCAAGUAAGCCCCUCAAUGCAAACCCAGCAGCAUCAGAUACAACAGCUACAGCAGCAGCAGAUGCAGCAGAUGCAGCAGCAGCAACUACAUCAGCACCAAAUGCAUCAGCAAAUCCAACAGCAAAUGCAACAGCAGCAUUUUCAGCACCACAUGCAGCAACAUUUGCAGCAGCAGCAUCUUCAGCAGCAAAUGCAACAGCAGUUACAACAUAUACAGAUGCAGCAGCAGCAGAUGCAACACAUGCAACACCAGUCCCAGCCUUCUCCUCAGCAGCACUCCCCUGUAGCCUCACAGAUAACUUCUCCCAUCCCUGCCAUUGGGAGCCCUCAGCCAGCACCUCAGCAGCAUCAGUCACAAAUACAAUCCCAGACACAGACUCAAGUGUUAUCACAGGUCAGUAUUUUCUGAAGAUAAAUGCUCUUGCUACACUGAUUUGCAUUCAUCAAGGGGGGAGGGGCACACUAUUUGGCUGAAAACUGUAAAUUGUUGAUGGUAGUUAUGCAGGGAUGCAUAACAGAUCAAAUGAUUCUCUAAAGUGUCUAUUAGAUAGGCAAUAAAGAACUACAAUGUAGCUGUGUAUCAUCUUUUAGCUGACUAUAAAUCAUUUUGUUUUAAAAAAAAAACAAACAAACAAACAAAAAAAACAACCCACAAAACCUGUGCUCUUUUUCAUGUGAUGCCUUUUUUAAUUUAUUUAAGCUUUACCUACAAUAUGUGAAUCAAAUCGCUUAAUAAAUACCUGGACCUUCUGACUGCAAAAUGGGCCUUCAGAAUUAUAUAAUAGUGAGUAAUUAUAUUGUUCUUUCUCUAAAAGUGAUUAAUGCACUUAAGACGGUAUGAACUCACGAAGUCCUUGAAGCACAGAUGUAACUACCUGUAAAAUGGUGAUUGGAUUUCAUACAGUCAUAUUUGUAUGACAUGAGUAGUUGAUGGCAUUUUUUGUCAUAAAAAAUCGUAAAUCACAGAUUUUUGCCAAAGCUUUUAAGUUUUUCUUUGAUGUCUUCAGAAAAACAAAUGCAAGUGACUGAACGUAAAUGUUUGACCCAUCUUUUCACUUUGAUUUCUCCAAAUAAACCUACCAUGCUUUGUAACAAAAUAUAUAUUGACACUGUUACCCCUGUUAUGUUAAUUCGUUACAAAACAAAUGUGAAUAUUAUAUUCUGUGUUUAAGUGAUGAGUUUCAGAUUUAAUACACUGUAUUUUUAAAAGGGAAAUGCACUUAAAUAAAACUGUUAUUACAAAAGCUAAGAUUAAAAAAAUGCAAGUUUUUAAAAUGCUGUAAUACUAGUGGAAUAUUUAAAAGAAGCUCCACAUCUGAAUAAUCAUUGUAAAUAUUUUCUUUAAAAGUUGUAAGUUUUCAUAUCAUGUGUUGUAAAGUUUUCAUAAAUGAGGCUUUAAUGUAAACACUGGUAACAUGAACUAUUAAUUGCUACAUUGCUUAUUGUGUUUUUAUGCUGUUUUAUACUUUUUUAUGAGUUAUGAUAGCAGCAAUUAAGUUGUUUGUAUUUUGCUUAUCUAAAAUAAAUGCUUUUAUCUUGCUAUAGAAUAAACACAUUUCAGUAAAACUCAUGGGCUGAAGUGUUUAAUGCAACAAACAAAAAAGUG